AGGUGGCGGGGCAGAGGGGUCCAGAGUUUCCUAUCUGGGUUGGGGGGGGCAGGGCGCCAAAGAAUCCUAUUCUAAGUCCUCGGAAGGACCGAUGUCCACCAUGACAUUAAAUUCUAACCAGAAGAUGCCUGCUGAAGAUGGCUCUGGAGACCAUGGGGACACGGCCAGCCUGGGUGCCGUUAACACCAUCUACAGUAGUCGCUCCCCUUCCCAGGCUGGCGAAGAGCCCUUCGACACCUACUUUGGUGAGAAGAUAUCCGUUCCUGAUGAGGAGUAUUCUUGUUUUAGCUUCCGCAAACUCUGGGCCUUUACAGGGCCCGGCUUUCUCAUGAGCAUUGCUUACCUGGAUCCAGGGAACAUUGAGUCUGAUCUGCAGUCUGGAGCAGUGGCUGGGUUUAAGUUGCUCUGGGUUCUCCUCAUGGCCACCCUGGUGGGGCUCCUGCUGCAGCGCCUGGCAGCCAGACUGGGAGUGGUCACGGGUCUGCAUCUUGCUGAAGUAUGUCAUCGCCAGUAUCCCAAGGUCCCCCGAAUUAUCCUGUGGCUCAUGGUGGAGACGGCCAUCAUAGGCUCAGAUAUGCAAGAAGUCAUAGGUUCAGCUAUUGCCAUCAAUCUCCUGUCUGCCGGGAGGGUUCCCCUGUGGGGUGGAGUUCUCAUCACCAUAGCAGACACCUUUGUAUUUCUCUUUCUGGACAAAUAUGGUUUGCGGAAACUGGAAGCAUUUUUUGGCCUUCUCAUCACUAUCAUGGCCCUCACGUUUGGAUAUGAAUAUAUUACAGUGCGACCCAGCCAGAGUGAGGUGCUGAAGGGCAUGUUCGUCCCCUCUUGUUCAGGCUGUAGCACCUCUCAGGUGGAGCAGGCUGUGGGCAUCGUGGGUGCUGUUAUCAUGCCACACAACAUGUAUCUUCACUCUGCACUGGUCAAGUCUAGACAGGUGAACCGAUCCAAGAAACAAGAGAUUCGAGAAGCCAACAAGUACUUCUUCAUUGAGUCCUGCAUUGCUCUUUUUGUCUCCUUCAUCAUCAACGUCUUUGUUGUCUCUGUCUUUGCUGAGGCCUUUUAUGGACAAAGCAACAUGGAAGUGCAUGAAAUCUGUGUCAAUAAGAGCAGUCCUCACAGUGACCUCUUUCCUCAAGACAACAGCACACUGACAGUGGAUCUCUACAAGGGGGGGGUGGUUCUGGGGUGCUACUUUGGGCCUGUGGCACUCUACAUCUGGGCAGUGGGAAUCCUGGCUGCAGGACAAAGCUCUACCAUGACGGGGACCUAUUCUGGCCAGUUUGUCAUGGAGGGAUUCCUGAAUCUAAAGUGGUCACGGUUUGCUCGAGUGAUCCUGACUCGUUCCAUUGCCAUCGUCCCAACUCUGCUGAUCUCAGUCUUCCAGGAUGUGGAGCAUCUAACAGGAAUGAAUGACUUCCUGAAUGUACUACAGAGCUUACAGCUUCCCUUUGCUCUCAUCCCUGUCCUCACAUUUACCAGUCUCCGUCCAGUGAUGAACGACUUUGCCAAUGGACUGGUCUGGAGGAUUUUAGGUGGGAUCCUUGUUCUCCUUAUCUGUGGCAUCAACAUGUACUUUGUGGUCGUCUAUGUUCAAGACCUGGGGCACAUCGCACUGUAUGUGGUGGCUGCUGUGGUGUCUGUGGCCUAUCUCUGUUUUGUGAUCUACCUGGGUUGGCUAUGUUUGAUUUCUCUGGGCUUGUCCUUCUUGGACUGUGGGCAGACGGUAAGCAUCACUAAUGCCCUGCUGACUGAAGAAGCCACCGCUGCUGGCUAUGCUAGCUAAGCACUGGGUUAGCCUGUCUGGUCUUCCCAGGUAGCCAUCAGAACCAGUGCGUUUCUAUGGUUUGCUGUGUGAACUUAGCCACAUGUAUGUGCCAUUGCACAAACCUCCAUGUCCCCUUGUUUUAUCCCAAAGCCCACUCUGUCAAGACAUCUUGGAAGUUUCCCUUACCUCACCCUUUUGAACUGUGGGUGUCAUCUGGGUGGGGGGUUAGAUGUAGGCUUGAAAAUGAUGACUUGUGCUGCUAUUAUGGAACUACUGAACUACUAUUCCAACCUUAAGCUACAGAGCAGUAGCCCUGAGAAGAGCCAGAUUGCCUUGGCUUUCCUCCUGAGAUAUAGAUUUGGGGCCCCUUUACUGUGAAGCUCUUUGAUUUUCUGAUUUUUCAUUAUGAAGAGAAGCCAUGGCCUGAGCUACUUAGAGCUGUGCCACAGUCCUAGAUGUGAAGGCCUCCUUGGUCUUCCCACCCCCCACCUGGUCACUCUGAGAGAUGGAGGAAGGAGAGCCUGUCCCUGCCCUUGCUCUCUUACUGUCUGCUAGGCAGGAAUGAGGAAACGUGGUUUCCUGCCCCUUGGGAGGGUCCUCGCUCCCUCACUGGCUUUCCCAUUUACACUUGCUCUUUGGCCCCUGCAAAGGGGUACAGGUGGGGCUGGGGGCUGGUUUCUCCAGUAUUCACCGCUGUGGAUGGUUGGUGAUGAUGGAUAUUAAUGAUGGGCUCAGGAACUUGGCAGAGGAAGAUCUAUGCAUUUUUUUCAAUGAGUAAAAAUCCAUUCCUCUCCCCCUGAAGAGCACCACCCCCACCCUCCCCAUUGUAAUGUUCAGUCCAAGUACAUUCCCGCAUAGCAUUGGCUAUUCCAAAACCUCCUGCUCUCUGAUUCAGAAGGAGACUUGCAAGCGCAAAAUCAGUGCAGCCUUGGUCCUCCAGUGCAGCAGUUAGGCCUGGGACUUGGAAAGACUGGCCUGACAUCUGCUAUGCUGCUGUAAGGCACCAGGGGGAGGAAGGACAACCUCAAGCGCUUGCUCGCUCUCUCUUCCUUUAUGGGAUAGAAAAGAUUUGGGCAUGGAUUUUCAGGACUGGCAUUCUGGGAGCGUUCUCUCCAAGAGCCCCACCUGGGCUACCUGUUUGAGUCCAGAUAGCAGAGUAUCUGACAUUUUGCACGUGGCACCAGGUAGAUGUCACUCAUGUAAUACUGCACAGUUAGAACACUAAGGCCAGGCCUGGCUUCCCACUCGUAGCACUACAAAGAUUUAACGGGUACCUCUUCCCAGUCCCCCCUCAAGUCCCUCCCCCCUCCACCUGGCCCUGUCCUCUGAAGAUCUGGGAGCACAAACAGCAAGGCUGUGGUUGCUAUGACGGAGGUCUCGGGUGUUUUCUCAGGACGGUACAGAGAGCAGCUUUUCCUUCACCUUUCCUGCCUCAGCUCCCUGGUUUUUCAGGGCCCAGGCCUAACUCACAGACAUUCAGGAGCCCAGGCAAAAACUACUGGUAAUGAAAUAAAAGAAUAAAAACUCCUUUAUUCAAGUUUUUGAUGGGCAGAAAAAUCACUCCGAACUUAAUGAGGAAAACUCUCAUUUCCCCGAGUACACUAAUUGGUCUCAAGUGAAAUCUUCAUCUAAUGAGUCUGUAUGUAGGGAUGGGACAGUUGCAAUUGAUGCCAUUGGACCAUGUGUAUAAGCUUUUUGAACUGUUUUGACUGUUUCAUUUUUGUCCGUAUACCCCCAGCACCUUGUGUGGUGCCCGGCCCAAAGUAGAAACUUAAUAAAUGUUCUUGUGAUUGACCUUCUCCAGUGUAACUGCACAUCCUGGCCCUGUGGUCUGAGUACAGUCAUGUAGGAUUUCUCAUGGGUUCUGAGGAAGUUGGGUGUUUGCUCUAUGAAGCUCUCAGUGAUUUUAUUGACCAUGAAACACUAUGUAAAUUUGAUUUGUAAUUAAAUUCUUUUUCCAAUUUGGUUUCUUGGGUGUUUUUUUUCCACCUUAAUUAUUUAUUGAGUCCUCAAUGACUCUCCAUCAGUAGACAUGCCCAUUACCUGUACCAUCCAGUCCAGAAAAUGCUCUUUGCAGGUAAUACAUGACCAGCCAGGUCAAACUUGGCAGAUCAUUGGCAGUCCAGUGUGUGGUUCUACAUAAGAACAUAAGGCCCACUCUGCCAUGCACUGAGUCCUUCUGUGUCUAUGUCAGGAAUGGCAUUGAUUCACAGGCAUGUGAAUCCUGUAAAAGAUGCAAAGGAUUUUUAAAAUGUAUUUUAAGCACCUGAUUUCUUAAAUGUGAGCUCUUAAAGAAGCCUGACUCAAAUAGAAUUCAUUCUUUCCACAAAAAGUAGUGGGGACAACACUAGUCCUGACCCAAGAGUUCAAACCCCCAAACCUGAUAUGCUCACACUAGCUGUGUGACCUAGGCCCAGUCACUUCACCUGCUGGGGGCCCCAGUUCCUUUCCUUUAAAACUGGGAUAAUUCUUGGCACUACCUGUGUCACAGGGUGGUUGUGGAGAAAGUGCUUUGAGCUUUGAGCAAGUAGGACCCAGUCUUCUACCCCUUCCUUGCCUGUGGGACCUUGGAUGCAAUAAGCCUCACUUGUAGAAUAAGGACUGGACUAGAUGAGUCCUGCUCACAGGCCCCAGCUAGUUCUGUGAUCAUACUAUCAAGACACAUAGUUUUAACAGGAAAUCUAAGAUUCUUCUGGGACAAGUCAGGAGAAGCUCCAUUUUCCCCAUUGUGUCUGUGGGCUUCUCUUACAAAAGCUGGGUGUCAGAAGGCAGCCCACAUGAAAAACCCACUGAAUGAGUCUCCUGAGAACACAUUUCACACAAAACUCAAAUUAUCAAGAAUUUCAGACUUGAACCAUUUUGGGGGUAGUUCCCAGUAGAAUGCUGCUUGAAAGGCUUAGAGAACCAGGUUGGCAAGUCCUCCUGUCUUCACUUGACUUCACCUGUCAAUGCAGCAACAUCAAUGAAGGCAGAAACCUUGAGUCCAGAACAUCAGCGCUUCAAUGGUGUAAACUGACUUGGAGUUUUUUUAGCUUUAAUGAUGACUCCAAUUUUUUGAAAGUGCUUUACAAAACCAUUUCCUUAUACUUACAAAUAAGGAAGUUGAGGCUUAGAAAUAAGGGAAUGAUAACUAGGAUUUGAACCUAAAUCAGAAGUUGUUCCAUUAUACCACAUGUGUCUUAGGCAUCAUUUUGCACAAAUUGUGGCUAAUGAGAAACAACCAGCCUGGUAGACAGCCUGAUGUGCUAUCAGCAAGACCAAUAGUAAAUUCCUUAUCUGAGCCUCAUUCCUCACUGAUAAAGUGGAGGAGUGAUAAUAUCUACCUCAUCAGUAUGAUGAUAAAGGGGAAGUGCAUGGAAUGCUUUGCAAAUUUGAAAGCAGAGGAGAGCUAAGAGGGGUCUGUGGGUCCCCCUUGACUUGGGGAGCUAGCAUGGGAGAUAGAGUCAGGAUAGUUAAACGAGCACCUUGGUGCCCCCCACACUUGCUGAGCCAUCCCUGUUCCCAUUCAGCAGCAUCUCUAGCAAAUUCCUCCCAAACAUGCAUUCCACAUAGAGCAUGAACUCGCACUGAACCUAUUUCGUCCCCAAUACCUUGGCCCGAUUAUCAUGCUCCCCACUGCCUGGGUAUCCUAAUAUGACCACCAUCUUCUCUAAAGCCUCCAGUAAUAUCUGCAGCACCGCAGACUGUCCAUAAGGAUGGAAACAAGACCAGUUAAGAGAAGGGGAGAGGUAGAGAAGGAGAGAAUUUGGUAGGGGGUAAAAAGCUACCCAAGCCAUUGACUUCCUUUCUGUGUUACUGUGAGGUCUCCUUGGGGGUUGCCCUAGUGAUCGCCCGAGGUUACACCUUAAAAAGAAAGAUGGCUGAGAUCGGCAAUAGACAGGUUUUGAGAUUUAACCUUUGCAAGCUUUGGUUUCUUGGAAUUUAUCUGCACAAUCACAAGACUAGAGCCACAGGGCACCAGGAGAGCUCUUCAGACCUUCGUUCUGCCAGUAGCAUUUCUAAUCUCACUUGUGAGGCAGUGGAAUUGAGGCAGUGGAAUUCUGCUUCCAGGGGAUGAAGUCAGGAAGAGCCAAGUCUCGAGCAUGCUUCUGACCUUAGCUGUAUGACCCUAGGCAAGUAACUUUCCUUAUCUGUAAAUGGGGAGGAGGGGGUUGGACUUGAUUUCUAAAAUGGCUUCCAACUCUAAAUCCUCUCACACGUUCUCGUUUCUGCCUUUAUGUGUCCACACAUCAGAAACUUGCAUGCCUCCAAAAUUCAUUUUUCUUCUGCGCUAUUAGGGACCCAGGCUGACUCACUGAUUAAAAUCAUUUGAGUAAGUUUCCCAUGAGGAGUGAUGUCUGGCACCAGAAAAUCUCUCUGACACAUCUUUUGUCUUUUUGCCUUUAGUACCGCCUGGGACUGACUUCUCAUCCUGAACUCUUCCUCCUGAACAACGUUGAUUCGGAUUCCGUGCUCUCUAGAUGACAGCCUCCAGAGAUUGUAUCGAAAUAGUAUUUUCUUAAGAUCCUUCUGCCAAGUUACCUGUUACAUAAUAACUGUGUUAGUUCAGAGGUGAGUUUUGUUCAAGAAACUUGAACAAAACAGGCAAAGAUUUCCUUAUGGAAAGGCUAUUAAAAGCUGACUGCUGUAAGUGGAGGGCAGAAAACCUCGUGAGAGCCCAGUCAAAUGACUGGUUUACUUUGGACCUUUGUCCUAUGGGCAUUUUUUUGAAGUCGUAAUUUAUAUUUAUAAAUACUUGUUUGUUCGAGUGGGAUUUUUAAAGUCUUAUAUAAAUUGAUGACUUUGGUUUUGAAAACCGUAUUAGAGCUCCAAGAAAUCAGAUUAGACUGAACUAUCUGGAUUAAAAGUGAGAAAGGAGAAUUAAUGGGGAGGGGGAAGUUAAGUUGAACCCAUCAAACCGAAUCUCCUUUAAAAUAAUGCUUAAUUUAAGAAGUCAGAGUUUUACUUAAAUUGACUGUGUUCAAGAUCAAAUACUUGACAUUUGGCAAAAUAUCGUGCCUAAUACAGCAUUUCUCUUUUCCAGAGAAGCUUUUUGUCUGUGAAGAAAUUUAGACUUUAAACUGAAAGAUGGCAUAAUGUUUGCUAAAGUCUUUAAUUCACUACUUCCAGAUGUUAUAUCUCAGCUCAUCAUCAGGCCUUGUUAAUGUUUCUGGUCAGAAGUUAAAUGCCUUAAACUUUUUUACUUGAAAUUUCUACUCUUCUUUGGAUAUCCUUACCAUUUCAAUUAUUCUCGCUUCUCCAUGUAGACACUCCACACAGGCCUAAUGGUCAGUCUCCUGUGAUUGCUGGGAUUUCUUUUACCAAAAACUUGGGCAUGAUCUUAAGUGUCACCUUAAGGGUGGUUACACGUGCCUUUGAAGGAAGAGAGCAUAGAGUAGAUAAGUCCUGGUUCCCGAGUACUGGGUCAUAGUGGAAAUGGCACUGGCCUGGAAAUCAGGAGAUUUGCCUUUGCCACCAUGAUCUCUAACCUCUCUUACUUAGUUUCUUCAGUUGUAAAAUGUAGGAUUUGGAUUAGAUGAUAACUUUAAGAUUCUUUCCAGCUCCUCCAUUCUUUGAUUCUGUGAAACCACUCCAGCCACCAUGAAGCUCCUAGUCAGUCUGCUGCCUCACAAAACAGGAGAAAACUGUCCGAUCCAAGCCCGAUUCAAAUAUUGAGUACACAUCAAGUUAACAUUCUUUUUUAGUGUUACCCAAAUUUAUUUACUUUCUCCUUUGUUGCCUAAGAGCCUGGGCUCCCAUUGUCAGAAUUAUAGCUUAAACUUUGUUUUAAGCUUAAACAUUCCUCUAGGCAUUAAGAAUUCUAGAAAUUCUUGAGUAUUUGUGGCAUGCUGGCUAUUUUCCAACAGUGGAGGUGGGGUGGGGAAUGGGGUUGGAACCACUUCAGUGGAGAAGGCUUCUUUCAGCACAAAAAACACUUGUUAAAUGCCUUUUAUGUUUCCAUGAGCCCAUUAGACAUAGAGGUGAGCCAGAAGAUGGCAUCUCUGCCCUUCAAGGGGUUUCCAGUCUUGCAAAUAUUGACUCUAAAUUGGUCUUUUUGAGCCCAGAGAGCUUUUCUUCAUGACAAUUUAAGCACUUCUAUUUCUUUUUGAAAAGCUUCAAUCUAAGUUGUCCCUCCUGCUCAUUUUUUCCUGGUCUCUAGGUCAUCUCACCACUUAGUGUGACCAAAGAGUAGUCAGAAAAAAGGAUAAGAAAGUUCCCUUCUCAAAAUAAGCAGGCUUCCUGUCCAUUGCCCCUGUAAUCGGACAACGGAUAAUUGGUUGUCCAAAAUAAGGUUUAGGGAAUUCUUGUUCUCCAUUGGAAUUGAUAAUUAAGAAUAAAUGUGCUUCGGCGGUAUGUCUCUCACAUUACAUGAUGACCAUUCAUUAUGGCACUUUUGUAAGCCAAAUCAUUUCAAAUGCUCUAGAAUUGUAGAGUCCCGAGGGGCCUCUCACCCCUUGCUUAACUUCUACGAUGUCUGUGACUGGCAUCCUGCAAUCAAUUUACUAGUUCCAAAGGCAUCUUGUUUCAUUUUCUGAGAGCCUUAAUUGUUAAAUUCUUUAUUUUAAAAAUAAAUCUAUUUCUGCUUCCUUGCCUA